CGGCUAUGGUCAGCACAAAAUCCACAGUCGAUACGUCGGCUACAUUCAUUCGCUUAACAUCUUUCCGCACGGUUGGCACGGUGGGCCAACACAGAGGGACUCUGGAAGACCUCUACAAGCAGUGCAAGUUUUACCGAAUUCGUCUUCCAGCUGGUGAACCAUGGCGAACAGUUACAUAACAACAAUAUCAAAAAAGUAUCCCUCCUUCCGAGAUGAACCCUUAAAAACGGUUUACCGAUGGUUGGAGGGUAAGCAGGCUGACGAUGGUGCCGAGGGCUUGUGGCGCAUCCACGACACCCUGUACGACUUGACGGACUUUAUCGAGCGUCAUCCCGGUGGCCCUGAAUGGUUGCGCCUGACAAAGGGGACGGACAUUACGGAGGCGUUCGAAACGCACCACAUUACACUGCGCGCGGAAGGCCUGCUAGCGAAGUACAAAGUGCGCGAGGCCACCCAGCCGAGAGCGGUCCGUUUAACGUUCCGUGACGAUGGGUUUUACCGGACACUGAAGCGCCGUGUGCGCGACAAGUUGAAGGAUAUCGACUAUGGUCCAGCGAAACGUUCUAAACUGAUCAUCGAUUCGAUGCUGGCAGCUGCAUUCGGGCUGGCGUUUCUUGCCAUACGGUUGAACAGCUAUGCACUCGCAACGGUGUCGGGACUGUUCGUCUGCUGGACAAUGAUUAGCGCACACAACUUCUUCCACCAGCGGGACAAUUGGCGUAUGAUGGCGUUUAAUUUGGCUUUUUCGAGCUAUCGUGAAUGGCGUGUGUCGCACGCGAUGUCUCACCAUAACUUCCCCAACUCGAUAUUAGACCUGGAGAUAUCCUACUUUGAGCCUUUCCUUUGCUGGUUACCCAACCCGUCUAUUAAGAGCUCGGUUAAAAGGUUUGCAUCCUGGGUGUACGGACCGUUAGUAUAUUCGCUUAUGUUUUACGGUGAGUUUAUCAAACGUCUACAAGAGACGUACCAGACGGGCAAGAACACAUUCUUCCUGGACGAUCUCGUAACGCUGAUACUUCCGACGUUCAUGUACGUGGUUGGAGCUACCAGCUUGUGGGAAGUGAUAAAGAUGUGGCUGUUCAUCGUGCUGGUCGCCAGCUUCCUGUUUGGUUUGAUCGGACUGAAUGCAGCCCAUCAUCACCCGAAGGCAGUACACGACGGAGAUCAAAUACCGGCUGACAUCGAUUUUGCCGUCUAUCAAAUGGCCGCCGUAAUUGACCGGUCAGACACGAAAGGAUCACAGUUUAUGGUGCUAACAAGCUUCGGUGAUCACUGUUUGCAUCAUCUCUUCCCAACGCUAGAUCACGGCAUUCUUCCACAGCUAUAUCCAGUGUUCUUUGAAACGUGUCGUGAGUUUGAAACCGUCUAUCGGGAAAUACCUUGGUUGCAGCAAAUUGUCGGUCAGCACAAACAGCUUGCCCGUGUAGAACCGAUGACGUACGAACCGUCGGAGAAGCUUACUUAAUGUAAUCGGUAGUCACACCAUGAACCAAAGAUUCACAUCAACAAAAAACUAGUUGAGAACGAUUGGUGUAGUGCGAUCACAAGCAAUAUGUAACACGCUUAAGUGUGUGUGUUUUUAGAAUGUACAAAUAUGAUGGUGAUUAGGUUAGGUUUCCUGCCAAAAGUGAAAUAAAAUGAUACAAUUUGAAUGAAAGCAAGACAAAAA